GUAGAGACUGGGUGAACCGAACGAAAGGGGACUAGUAUUUCCCCCACGUCAAAUGCCCUGGGCCCCGACCAUUAUCUUCUGGCAGCGCGCAGGGGGCUUUAUUAUAUUUACGAGGCGUUAUCGAACCAAUCCAACAAUAUUGAUUCCGCGCCAAGAGGAGAUCCCCCAUCUUAAGAACGCCUUCAGCCCGAUCGAUCCUGCCUGCAGCGUUUAUUCCGGACCGGAGGGCCACUUGCCACCGACGUUUUUGCUUGAUCCGAUCUCAUCUCAAGAGCCGCUAUAUACGGAUGGGGGCGCUUUUCUUUAUAAAUUACACCUCCUUCCUGGACCACGAGGAGAUCCUGCUCCGUUGCAUAUAGGAGCGGCGCUCCGGAGUCGAGGUCACCCGAUAACGAUGGAGGUCAACGGUGCUACUUUGGAUGAAAUCGUGACGUAUGUCAUGCAAGAAUCGAAAAUAACGUAUAACGAGGCCAGGUAUGCUGUACUGAAAGUGUUGGAUCUUGGGAUAGCCAUGAAGAGGAUAAAGAGAAAUCCGAUAGGGUUGUAUUAUUUGAUACUGGCGAAGCCAGCGACGUUAACGAUGAAAAUUCGUGAACCACGCUUCAGUGACGACAGCAGUAGCGAAUCACGUUCCGAUACGAGCUUCGACUAAUGCGAAGCUGUUAGGGCCAUUGGUAUAACCCUUGUAGGUGUACUUAAUGGGGAGAGCCGUUGGCAGUCGGAUAAUUGGCUGGGUUUUAAUUGCGUUCGAAAAUUAUAAAUUCAUGAUAUAGCUACUAAACUAUAAUUGGCUGUCUAAUUAAUAUUUAGAUAGGGAAUUGUCGUUGGGGAUGACGGUGGGUCUGGGGAUUUCGUUCGGUGUGGUUUGGUAUACCUUUCGUCAGCAGGGGGUUUAGCAGGGCUACGAAGAGCUGAAUAAAAAAGAGCCUAUGGAAUAAUUCAUUAGCCAAGCUUAAUAACGCCUUGCGGAUUCAGGCUGCAAGAGCCAACCCUGUUAAGAGUUAUGUAUUAACAUAUAUUAAUGAACCUCGUGUCACCUCGUUAUCCAUCUA